UAUUCAUAUGUGUUCUUACAGGUAUUUACCUAGUAAUAUCUGGGAUAUUAUUAUAGCAUAUGCUGCAGACAUUGUCAAAGACCAUCGAACGAUGGCAGUAAAUAAGCACUGGUACAGAUUGUUUUUAUCAAUUGACUUUGCUUCACCUACAAUCCGGCUAGAGUGGGAUUGCUCCAAAUUUGACGAUAUCUUGAAUUCUCCUUUUUGUCCUGGACAGUGGGCAACCUCCAUGUUAUUUCGAGACUUUAGAGAGGAGAAACUCAAUGUUACAGAUGUCAUCCAUAGCAAGCUUUAUCGCUUGAUGGUACAUACACCCCAUGUCGAACAGGUUGAUUUCAUUUGUGUCGAUUUUGUUCAUGCGGAAGAUUGGGUCUAUUUUUACAAGAUACUCAAAAUGGUGAACGUCUGGAAAUUGCGCCGUUUGCCGGACACUUGGGAUUUACAAAUAAGGGAUAGGCGAAUGAAUAUGAAACUUGUUUAUUCGACUUAUUUAAAAUGCGGUCGGCAUUUAAAGCACUCGCUGGAUUCGCUACGCUUAAUACAAGAAUUAAUGCCAACAGAUACAGAUCUCAGUUUUAUGAAUGAAUUUACCGCAUUAUCUUGCUUGAAUAUAGGUAAAGGCAUCCUUAAAAAUGUAGAAGAUUUGGAUAUCAUCCUCCAAUAUACUCCUCGACUGAGAGAACUGGAAGUGGAUUUUGCAACUACAAAUUUUUGUUCGAAUUAUCACAAUAACAAGCCCAUACUAAAUGGCGUAUAUCCUUCUAUACAUACUCUCAACUUUUAUCACUUUGUAUUUGAAACAAACAAUCAAAUAGGUAUGUUUCACACCAGCUUCGAGGGCCUCAAAAGCCUAAAUAUUGAAUGUGUCAAAUAUCAGACCAAUCAUACGUUAGCUCUGGACACAGAUACAGUAAGAAACUUUUUCACAAUGCUCGCAUCACUUGCAGAUUACGAUAUUCGUUUUUAUGGUAAUGAAAUCAACAUAGCAGAUUUUUUAAGUCGAAACUGUCAGCAAGAAAUGCAUGCUUUUGUAUAUAGUGCUUAUACUAGUAACAGGGAAUCUAUAGCGUUCGAAAAAACAAGACUUUUUGCUAACCCAUUGAUAAAAUUCAAUUUUAAUGGAGAUCGAUUUACCGAUAACAAUCAUUUUGUCAAAGAGAGCAUUUUUUCGAAUUUAAGUCAGAAUAUAAAACAGCUUGAAUUUUAUUGGGGGAAUAUAGAACGGAUUCAAAUGGAUCUGAAGACGGUUUUUAGUACAUGUAAGGAAGAUCUUUGUUCUAUUAUAUUUAAGGAGGUCGAAUUGGAUAGUGUCCUCACAGCAGAUACCAUCUAUACAAGCAGCAUCACAAAUAUGACGUUUGAUAUGUGCGAAGUUUCCAACCUAACUCUCUGCUCGAUGUCAUCUCGCUUUAAGAAGUUAGACUCAAUUUUUUUCAAAGGCUGUCAUUUUGAUGGAUCUUUUUUUAAUCCUUGGAUACAUGUGACCAUGCCAGAGACAGCAAUUCACAGACUCUGUAUAUCGUAUAACUUGGAAUUCAAUAGUAAACAUCAUAGUGAUGUCGAUAUAAAAGAUACAUUAAAGAUAAAACUACAUAGAUUUCCUCUAGUUUCAAUCACUCUGACAAGCCGAAAUGUCCAGCGAUAUUAUUAUACAAGGAAUGAUACAAUACCGGUGAUUGUAGAAACAUCAAAGACGCUAUUUGAUAUACUCAUCAAAACUGCUCCAAGAGAAAUUAUCACUAGAAUUAUAUGUGUCAAGGUUAAAUCAAUUCGGGAACUUUCGUUAAAAUUAUGCAAGGAUAGAUCAAAACAUAUAGAAUUGAUUUUCUAAGUACCUAAUAGUCCUAUAAUAAAAUGUAGAAGUUGUUCCAGAUAAAAAAAUGGCUCUCGAAAAAAAAGUUAAUAUACUCGUGCAUGUCUACACAUGAGAAACAUGAGUGAACAGCC